AUGGCGACCCCUCUGCUGCAGCAAUUCCCCUCGCUUGCGGCGUACCCGCCCGCAUUCCUCAAAGACCUCCUGUCCUCGCCGGCCCUUACUGAGGCAUUCCUCUUCAGCUUGCCUGAGUUACAGCAGCUCGCAGCGGAGGUAGAGCAGUUAGGGAAGGAGAAUGAGGAGAUGGCGCGCCGGAAUAUGGAGCUCCGGGAUGAGCUGCUCGCUCUCAGAGAGAACACGGCACAGGCGUAUGGUCACGCCGAGGCGUUCAAGGCGCAAUGGCAAGAGAUAGAUAAGGCUCAGGCGCAGCUGUAUCAACGCCACCGCCCAUCCUUCCUCCACCUCCGCCUGCGUCACUCCCUUACAGCCCAAGACGACCUGACCGAGAAGCUCGCCUUGGCAUUCAUCGAUGGCCGUCCCUUACCUCUUCCCUCCAAUACCAGCGCCAGCGCCGAAUCCACCUCUGGAUCGAGAACGGAUUCGCCCGCUUUUGGCGGAUCCGCUUCCGCCUACACACCGGCGUCAGGUGGCAGUACGGGCCGGGCGGUAGAUGACUUCAUUGCCGAGUUCAAGGCGGCGCGCAAGACGUAUCAUAAGCGGGCGAUAUGGGCGGAGAGGUGGUCCCGAGGGGAAGUGGCGUGGAGGGAUGAUUGA